UAAUCCGCCGAGUGGCUGGCAAGCCGGCUGCCGUGCCCUCGCUUGAGUUACCCCACCGAGCAGUGUGCCAGUCGCCGACAUGACAAGUUCGGGAAGAGUACCCACGUGGCGGACACAAGUGUUAAGACAGGACACCCGAGGGUAGGGCAGAGGAGUAGCGACAGGGUGAAGGAGCAGGGCGAGGUGUGCAGAAAGGGAAUUAAAGGUACUUGUGGAAGGCUUCAGGACAAAAUGUUUCAUUUAAGGACUUGUGCUGCUAAGUUGAGGCCAUUGACGGCCUCCCAGACUGUUAAGACAUUUUCACAAAACAAACCAGCAGCAAUUAGGACGUUUCAACAGAUUCGGUGCUAUUCUGCACCUGUAGCUGCUGAACCAUUUCUUAGUGGGACUAGUUCGAACUAUGUGGAGGAAAUGUACUGUGCCUGGUUGGAGAAUCCCAAAAGUGUACAUAAGUCAUGGGAUAUUUUUUUCCGAAACACCAAUGCUGGAGCCCCUCCUGGCACUGCCUACCAGAGUCCUCUUUCCCUGAGUCGAAGCUCCCUGGCUACCAUGGCCCAUGCACAGUCCCUGGUGGAGGCACAACCUAACGUCGACAAACUCGUGGAGGACCACUUGGCAGUGCAAUCUCUCAUCAGGGCAUAUCAGAUACGAGGGCACCAUGUAGCACAGCUGGACCCCCUGGGGAUUUUGGAUGCUGAUCUGGACUCCUCCGUGCCCGCUGACAUUAUCUCAUCCACAGACAAACUUGGGUUCUAUGGCCUAGAUGAGUCUGACCUUGACAAGGUCUUCCACUUGCCCACCACCACUUUCAUCGGGGGACAGGAGUCUGCACUUCCUCUUCGGGAGAUUAUCCGUCGGCUGGAGAUGGCCUACUGCCAGCACAUUGGUGUGGAGUUCAUGUUCAUUAAUGAUUUGGAGCAAUGCCAGUGGAUCCGGCAGAAGUUUGAGACCCCUGGAAUCAUGCAGUUCACCAAUGAAGAGAAGCGGACCCUGCUGGCCAGGCUUGUACGGUCCACCAGGUUUGAGGAUUUCCUACAGCGGAAGUGGUCCUCUGAGAAGCGUUUUGGUCUGGAAGGCUGUGAGGUGCUGAUCCCUGCCCUCAAGACAAUCAUUGACAAGUCAAGUGAAAAUGGAGUGGACUAUGUCAUCAUGGGAAUGCCACACAGAGGACGACUGAACGUGCUUGCGAAUGUUAUCAGGAAGGAGCUGGAGCAGAUUUUCUGUCAGUUUGACUCAAAGCUGGAAGCAGCUGAUGAGGGUUCUGGGGACAUGAAGUACCACCUGGGCAUGUAUCACCGAAGGAUCAACCGUGUGACUGACAGAAACAUCACUCUGUCCCUGGUGGCAAACCCUUCCCACCUAGAGGCUGCUGACCCUGUGGUGAUGGGCAAGACCAAAGCUGAGCAGUUUUAUUGUGGAGAUACUGAAGGGAAAAAGGUGAUGUCUAUCCUGCUGCAUGGAGAUGCUGCCUUUGCUGGCCAGGGCAUCGUGUAUGAGACCUUCCAUCUCAGUGACUUGCCAUCCUACACAACUCAUGGCACUGUGCAUGUGGUUGUCAACAACCAGAUUGGCUUCACCACAGACCCUCGGAUGGCCCGCUCCUCCCCCUACCCUACUGACGUGGCCCGAGUGGUGAAUGCCCCCAUUUUUCAUGUCAACUCGGAUGACCCUGAAGCUGUCAUGUAUGUAUGCAAGGUGGCAGCUGAGUGGAGAAGCACCUUCCACAAGGAUGUUGUUGUUGAUCUGGUGUGUUAUCGACGCAAUGGCCACAAUGAGAUGGAUGAGCCUAUGUUUACACAACCACUCAUGUACAAGCAGAUCCGCAAGCAGAAGCCUGUACUGCAGAAGUAUGCAGAGCUGCUGGUAUCCCAGGGUGUCGUCAACCAGCCCGAAUAUGAGGAGGAGAUCUCCAAGUACGAUAAGAUCUGUGAAGAAGCCUUCACCAGAUCCAAAGAUGAGAAGAUCCUGCACAUCAAGCACUGGCUGGACUCCCCAUGGCCUGGCUUUUUCACCCUGGAUGGACAGCCCAGGAGCAUGUCAUGCCCCUCCACUGGCCUGGAAGAGGAUGUCUUGGCCCACAUUGGAAAUGUCGCCAGCUCUGUACCUGUGGAGAACUUUACCAUCCAUGGAGGGCUGAGCCGGAUCUUGAAGACUCGGAAGGAGCUAGUGACAAACCGGACUGUGGACUGGGCCCUGGCAGAAUACAUGGCAUUCGGAUCACUCCUGAAGGAAGGCAUCCAUGUUCGGCUAAGUGGCCAGGAUGUGGAGCGGGGCACCUUCAGCCAUCGCCACCAUGUGCUCCAUGAUCAGAAUGUAGACAAAAAAACCUGCAUCCCCAUGAACCACCUUUGGCCCAAUCAGGCCCCCUACACCGUAUGCAACAGCUCGCUGUCUGAGUACGGUGUCCUGGGCUUUGAGCUGGGCUUUGCCAUGGCUAGCCCUAAUGCUCUGGUUCUCUGGGAGGCCCAGUUUGGUGAUUUCAACAACAUGGCACAGUGCAUCAUUGACCAGUUCAUCUGCCCAGGACAGGCCAAGUGGGUGCGGCAGAAUGGCAUUGUGCUCCUGCUGCCUCAUGGCAUGGAAGGCAUGGGUCCGGAGCAUUCCUCUGCCCGCCCAGAGCGGUUUCUGCAGAUGUGCAAUGAUGACCCAGAUGUCCUGCCUGACCUGCAGGAAAACAACUUUGACAUCAAUCAGCUAUACGACUGCAACUGGAUUGUUGUCAACUGUUCCACCCCUGGCAACUUCUUCCAUGUACUUCGACGACAGAUCCUGCUGCCCUUCCGGAAGCCGUUAAUCGUCUUCACUCCCAAAUCCCUGCUGCGCCACCCUGAGGCACGAACUAGCUUUGAUGAGAUGCUUCCAGGAACCCACUUCCACCGUGUGAUCCCAGAAGAUGGCCCUGCAGCUCAGGACCCAAACAAUGUCAAAAGACUACUCUUCUGCACUGGCAAGGUGUACUAUGACCUCACCCGAGAGCGCAAAGCCAGGGGCAUGACAGAGCAGGUGGCUAUUACAAGGAUUGAGCAGCUAUCACCAUUCCCCUUCGACCUCCUGCUGAAGGAGGCACAGAAGUAUCCCAAUGCUGAGCUGGCCUGGUGCCAGGAAGAGCACAAGAACCAAGGCUACUAUGACUAUGUCAAGCCAAGACUUCGGACCACCAUUGACCGUGCCAAGCCUGUCUGGUAUGCUGGCCGAGACCCAGCAGCUGCUCCAGCCACUGGCAACAAGAAAACCCACCUGACAGAGCUGCAGCGCUUCCUGGACACAGCCUUUGACCUGGACGCCUUCAAGAAAUUCUCUUAGAUGCUCCUGGAGUUGAUCAGGCCAUGGCCCCCAUGUCCAUGAUGCUCUCUGCUUCUCAACUAAAGCAUAGUGCCUCAGCA